AUGCCUCCUGUAGUAGAUUCAGAUGAAUCUAUGAAUGUUUCAGAUCCAUUGAGGUCUGAAAACCGGACUCCCAAUGAGGUAGCGUCACUGAAUCUUUAUGUUGUAAUUCACAUUUCAGACUCAGGCACAUUGGACAGGCCAGAAAGGAGGCAACUUCAACCACCUUUCCAAUCAAUCAGGUUACCAAGCUUCAUUAGUGAGCAUCUUCAAAGAAAAGUUGUUCCAGUUGGGCCUCGAUUCCAGGCUGAUGUUCACAAGUGGAAUGGACCAGUGGAGAAGAGCCUUCUUAUUGGUGUAUUUAAGAAUGACUUUUGGGAUUCAAGGUGGUUGGGCACUAAAGUGUGGCCCAUUGAAGUUGGAACUGUGAAAACCAGAGGGAGAAUGAAUGAAAAAGGAAGACCUGGCCCUUGUAGAUGUGUCACACCAGGAUCUGUUGAUUGCAUUAGACGCCACAUUCUUGAGAGGAGGCAACUUCUUCAACGAGAUCUUGGCCAUGCUUUCUUUGGAUGGAAGUUCUAUGAGAUGGGUGAACAAUGCUUGAGCAUGCAGACAAGGUCACCCCUAAAACAAGUUGAUUCUGAUGAUGACGAGGUGGAGGACUUCAAUUCCAUGGGCUUGCAAAAGAGAUGUAAAGGGAAAAAAGCCAUCAAGACUCGAUAUUUGCAUGUGGCUUCUUAG